AAAAAAAGACAUGGAGUUAGUCUAGAGAGAGAAACUAUCAAAUUAGAGAGUGAACGAAGGAAAAGAGAAUUUGAGCUGAGAGUAAUGAGUUAGGGGAUGAUACGAAAGAAAGAAAGAAAGAAGAAGAAGAUGAGAGAAACAAACCUAAUCACAUAAAAAACCGAAUAGAGUAAAAAAGAAAUAGUUGGGUUUUUGAGGUCAUAAACUAGUUUGUUUUGAACCAGAGAGUUUAAAAACAGAUAGAGGAACAAAAGAAGAGGAAAUGAGAAAAAUAAGCCACAAUUGAAGAGUAAAAACUACCUCAAGCUAUGAAGAGAAAAACAUCCAAAAACACUCCAUCACCCCAACUAGCCACUAUCACUGCCACCAAGGACCACCAUGGCAUCUCCCCACUCAUUUAUAAUCAACAUUAAGAACCCAAGAACAACAAGGAAAGGAACCCCCGCGCCAGGUGUUGAUAAUAUGGCUAGAACUACAAUGAGCAAGCAAAGCAAAAACAGCACGAGGAACAUUUCAUUGAAGGUGCCACAGCCAGCAACAAAAACAAAAAUAAUCGAACCAGAUGUUAGCUGCAACACAACCGGGUCUUCAUAUAUCGAAGUUGGUAAUAUGGCUAAAACAACAGGGGGAAGGAAGGGUAAAAACAGCACAAAGAACAUCCCAAGGAAGGUGCCGCAGCUGGAAACAAAAGUAAAACGCGAACCAGAAAUUAGCAGCUAUGGAACCUGGUCUCCAUAUAUGGAUGGCAUACUUGGGAUGCCAAAAUCUGUGGCUGAGAUAGUAAGCACUGAUGAAAUGAUCAAUGCUGUACUCUAUGGCCUGAGAGACUCCCCUCCAUUGCCGAUUUUCAAAAGAGUAUGUCCUGCGGACAAAUAAUUAGAACAUGAGAUUAACAAUAAGAUAUAUUUUUUUUUUUUAUCCUUCAGCGUGUUAUAUAGAUAGACAAGAAUGAUUUCG